GUGAGUAGCACUGGCUCCGAGUCUCACGGGGAAGCAAAACAUCUCAUCAGACUCUUCGUAACUCGUUGAUCCCGGCGAGAAAGAAAAGAAUGAGAAAGGAAACACGAACCCCUCGGGUCCCCACAGGGCACCGUGCCCCUGGGAAGAUCAUCUUCGGGGGUUCCACCCCCCACUGAUAGCGGCCAAUCGCGCCAUUUUUCAUCUGAGGGCAACGCCAGCACGCUGCCUGCCACGCCGACUCCGUUUUAAGCUUUUGACGCGGUACUGUGUAAGCGGUCGGCAUAAAUAUCUACGAGGGCAUCUUUGCAGCAAUGCUUAGGAAACCGGGCAUUACGAUCUCUGAACCACCAAUUUCUUCACCGUAUCACGCAAAAUGAGUGGUGACGGCGCCAAUGGUGUCGACGGCGUGUACGAGGCGACGGAGCAGACACGGCUUUUGGCUUCUGAAGAUAUCCCGAACAUCGACACCCAUCAAGACAACAAUGCCGACGACAAGCCGCUGCCCGUGUGGCAGAUCGCCGCCCUCUGUUACGCCCGCUGGGUCGAGCCCGUGGCUUUCUUCUGCAUCUUCCCCUACAUCAACCAGAUGGCCCAGGAGAAUGGUCAGCUCGCCGAUGCCGACGUGGGUUUCUACAGCGGCCUGAUCGAGUCGCUCUUCUCGCUCACCCAGAUGAUGGUCAUGAUCAUGUGGGGAAGGGCUUCCGACCGCUUCGGCCGCAAGCCGGUAUUGGUCUUCUCGCUGGCUGGCGUUUCCUGUGCCACGGCACUCUUCGGCAUGGCAAAGACACUUUGGCAAAUGGUCCUCUUCCGCUGCCUCGCCGGUGUCUUUGCUGGCACCAUCGUUACCAUCCGCACCAUGAUCUCGGAGCACAGCACCUCCAAGACCCAGGCCCGCGCUUUUAGUUGGUUCGCCUUCACCGGCAACAUGGGCAUCUUUACCCCCGGCCUGUUCGGCAACGUUACCUUUUUUAUCAACUACCCAUACGCGCUCCCGAGCUUGGUCGUGGCUUGUAUCGGCCUCUCCGCCGUGGCCGUUACUGCCGUCUGCGUCGAGGAGACGCUCGUCAAACCCACCGCGGCCGACGGCAGCCACAGCGAAGAAUCCGCCGCCCCCAAACCCAAAACGCGUUCUACGCGGGACCUGCUCAAGUUCCCCGGUGUGCCUAUCGUCCUCUACACGUACGGCCACAUCAUGCUCCUAGCCUACUCCUACACGUCCAUCAUCCCCGUCUUCUGGUUCACCAAGGUCAGCCUCGGCGGCUGGGGCUUCACGCCGCUUCAGAUCUCCCUUAUGAUGGGGCUCAACGGCUUUGCCCAGGCGCUCUGGAUCCUGCUGGUGUUCCCGCCGCUGCACCGGCGCAUCGGCACCAACGGCGUUCUCAGGGCCUGCGCCCUCGCCUACCCGCUCUUCUUCGCCGUAGCCCCGUUCUUCAACCUCCUCCUGCGGUUCGACACCCCCGCCACCACGACGGCCUUCUGGAUCGCCGCCCCGCCCCUGCUGGCCAUCGGCUCCGGCGUCAGCAUGUGCUUCACCGCCAUCCAGCUCGCCCUCAACGACGUCUCGCCGAGCCCGGCCACGCUCGGCACCCUCAACGCCCUCGCCCUGGCCAUCGUGAGUGGCGUGAGGGCCUUCUCUCCCGCCGCCUUCUCGGGCUUGUUUGCCGUCGGCGCCCGGACCCAGCUGCUGUGGGGUUAUGCCAUCUGGGUGUUGAUGGUGGCCAUCGGGCUGGGGUUUACGGUGGUGAGCCGGUUUAUGCCCGAUUAUGAUGAGUUGAAGAAGCAGAGGGCGAGGGAGGAGGAGCGGGCGAGGUAGACGGGAAAUUUGGGGGCCGGAAAAGGUUAAGAUAGAGGUUUUAUUGCUUGGGUUUUCAACCGGUGAUUUGGAUGACACGAAUAGAAGGCGAUGUAUCAUAGACCAACUCAGAAGGGGCGGCGCCCCCAAAAUAAUCAUCACCAGGAGGGAAGAACCUAGAACCAAA